AGGAACUCAAAUGAAAUCAGUUCAGAUUUCUAUCGCAUGCAACGUUCUUUCCGAGUGAAGAAUGUGAAAGUCUGGAGAGAAUCGGAAGAAAAUUCUGUUUCGGUUGGUUAUGAAGCAAACGUGAUCAACCGUUGUCCUCGCAGAUCGACCACAAAAUGUCACUCUGAAGAGAAAGAUCAUACUAUGUUCGAAAUCGAAAUGCAGAAUCAGCAAUUUCCACGAUCGUCUUGGCCUCUUUCGAUGCUGAUCGAACCGAUUUUUAUUCCUGGCUCGAAGUCGAAUUGGUAUUCGCUGAAAUUGGUAUUCGCUGCAGCAAGCUUGUGAUACCACAUAACAGUUUUUGCACCAGAAGUUAUUGAAAAGAAUCUAUCAUAUAUCUUUGCGCAACCAACACCAACACGUUUUUAAUUAUGUGAAAAAAUUCACAAGAUGUAGCACGCUUAUUCAAGAACAUCCCUCACUGUAAUUGGAUCGGUAAACAAACCACGGAAGCUACGAACUUGAAAAACAAGUUUGGCCGAUCAUCCAUACCCAAUUACGCAAUCAUUGAUAACCCGUGAGUGUCGGAUUUCAUUUGCUUGCUUGUCGCACACCCGUAAACCAAUAUUUUCGACGCAUACUUCUAAAGCAAGACAAUGGAAGAAGGACCCAAAGGAAGUCCCGCAAGUAAGAUUGCAAGCGCCUUCGUCGAAAACACGACCGCCGCUGCUGUGGAUGAAACCGCAACUAUGCAAGAAAAUUUUCUCUCAUCAUGCGAAGAAGCAGAGCAAUCCACGAACAAGCGAAACGCCGCAGCUGUUACGACAACAGGCCCGUUCACUGUUACACCCUCCACGAAGAUGAACCUCGAACAGGAGCACCAAAAUCUCGUGGCCGUGAACAUCUACACCCCGUCCGGCCGGCUGUUCACGUCUUGGUAUGAGAAGUUGGACAAGACCUUGUCUUCGUCCAAAGCGAAAUCUUCCGACUUGUCCGGCAUGAGGACGAAAAGCACACUGAAAUCCGGAUUGUCGGGCGCGGAGACUACAACAACCUCGAAUUUCUUCGACGACACCUCCGACUGCGAAACCGCGUCGACCUGUUCCUCGGACUCCACGCUGUGGAAAGCCUCGGGAGUAGAGGGUAAAAAUCAACGAGGAUCUACUACCACUUCAUGUGCUUCCUUAUCGACCACCUCUUGCAGUCUUUCUUCCACGUCUGGCGGAUCAGACUCGGAGGUCGAAGUGGUGUUGCCAGAGGAGGAAGAAGACGGUAGCCCCGCGUUGCGCACCGAAAGUAGCGUCGAAGUAGACGAGGAGAUUAUUGAGGAAGACAAUUUGAUGUCACAAGACGUGUCGUCUUCGGCGGGCGCUGCUUGUUUAUUAGCCCCGGCUCCAACGGGUACAAUUGAAAAGAUCAAGAUGUCGAGGCAGCCUGAUCCAGGAACGACCGCGCAAAAGGAUAACGCAGCUGAAACCGCCCCAACUUCGAUCAAGCCGAAGAACUACGUGAACCUGCAGAAAAACACGGUGAAGGACCUGUGCCGCCACGUGCGGAACUGCUUGUAUGCGAACAAAACGCUGCACUUGGCGGAGCGGAAACACUGCCUGCAGCAGGCGUUCCCGGAAACGGACGUGAUCGGGACGGAGAACCCCACGGAGGAGCACCGAGUCAACAGCUUUUUCUAUUCCGCGGUGCAGCACGAUAAUAUCCAGGAACAAGAAGAAGAAGACCGCCUUGCUGGUGCACCGGGUGGUGAAGAUGAUGAUGAGCAAGUAGAACCUCCCCCCCUCCGCAAUGGCCAGCAGCAACGAGAAAACCCGCUCCGGGCGGAAGAUUUUUCCCUGGAUUUGGAGUGCGUCUGCUUGUUGAAAUUGGACAAUGUUUUUCUGACAAAGGCGGCGAAGUGCUGUCAGCUGAUUGACGAAUCUCCGAAUGAUGCGCAGGGAGGAGCUGGAAUGGCAACGAAGAAGAAGAAAACCGCGCGCCGGGAAAAUAAGAAGCGAAAGUUCUUCCUGAAAUUCUGGCUGACGGACUGCGAUCCCUUUGACUACUUGAACUAUGAGGAGGAAAGGCGAAGAGCGGAGCAACAAACUGCUUUUUUUCUUCAUGGUCCGGAAACGGCGGAGUACGGGGUCGAGCAGGUGUCCUCCACCGGCCCGAAAUUUCUCAACUUCGCCGUCAGCUUGUACGCGGACAAGACUAGUAGUACUGGUCGCGCCGACAUCGAGUCGUGCGGUGGUCGUUGUACAAAUGCCGAAACUUCUGUCCGGGCUGGUAGUUGUGGUACUACUAGUACCACUGUCGCUGCUGUAACGUCCUCAACUUCUGAUGAAGCAGAAGAACCUCCUUCUUCGGAACAGUACUACACCCCGUCGACUGCAGGACCUGUUUCGGACGGGGAGGAUCCAGGAUUUUACGAUGAAGAAGAAGAGGACGAGUGGGACGUGAUUCCCAGUAAUUUCGAGCAUCUGGUGUGGACCUGGUACCUGAUGUGCGACCAGACGGAGUUCGAACUGGGGAAAGAGAAGAAUCGGCUCGUUUUCAAACUGCUCGACUCCUUCGCGGAGUUGGAGUUUGAAAAGGACGCAGAUUUCGAGCUCUGCGCAAAGCUGCUGAACCUCGGGAAGAAGUUGUCGAACUCCAGAAACGUCGGGUUUGCGGAAGCCUUGCGACAGGUGGAGGAGUGUGUGUGGGCUGGACGUCAGAAGCAGAACCAGCAGGAUGAGAGCAACAGCAAGAACAGGCUGGCAAGCGAGGUAUUUUUUUCGUCCACUUGUCAGCACGGGAGGACUACAACAUCACAGAAAACUAGCGGACCAGUGCCGAAUAUUGCGGAAAAAUUGGAGGAAAUAGAUGCGGAAUUCAGGGAGAAUUUCGCCAUGAUGGGGAGCUGGGAGAAGUUGAGACUGCUCCCCUGGACCGGGUUUGAGAGCAAAACCCUGGAAGAAUUGGAGAAAAUGAAAUUGGUGGAGUGUUUGGAAAAAAGAGACGGCGAGAAUCAUAGUACCAUAAAAUCGGAGUGCUCUUUUCACGACAGUGAAGAUGAAUUUGAAGGAAGUUUUUCCGAAGGAGACUUCUCGGAUGAAGAAGUUUGCUGCCCCGAAAAAGAAAAGGGAGCAGAAGGUAGGAGUGGAGAGCUUCAAUCGAAGGUGCAAGGCGGAACUGCGGGUACGAAACAGUCCGCGAAAGCAGACGAUGGCACAAGGAAAAAAUGUUACCCAUUGGAACUGAAUUUCUCCAUUUGCGUUCCCAUGGAGUAAAGAUAACAGGAAUGUUUGAAGUGAAAAAGGAUAAAAAGCGGCGCGUUUACAUGCGUCGACCAAUCACCAGAGAAUUUAUCAGGUGAAACGCAUUGCAACAUCAUAGAUGAGCAUCAGUAGUAGACUGCAUGAAAUUCAGAGCAACACACAAGCAGUCAUUACAUUUAUCAAUCCAUCCCCAUAAAUUUACCCCUGAAGAAUGGGAAGAGUGCAGCAGAAGUUUAUUUCUUUGGACAGCUAGAAGUAGCGUUGUCUUCGCAAGAUUCUUUCAGAAAGGAAAACUAACACAAUGACAAAGAUUGCACUGAUGCAGAAGAUGAUUCUUUGCACAAAACUCCGAAACAGAGGAAAAUAUUUCAUGCGGAAUUUUUUUCGCACAACUGCACAGGUGCAUUGUCUUAUCUACUCUUGGCCGGGUCUACGGUAGUUUCUUGACUCAGUUGCAUAAAGAUUUUUUUGGAGAGAGGUAAAGAUAUCUUGCUGUAGCAUAGACACGUCAGCAUCAACAGAGUAAAGCAGUACUUCUGAUCCGCCCAAGGAACAAGAACAUAUUUCUGCAACCCAUUCAUUUACGCAAUGUUAUCUUUCCCUCCGUUGAGAAAUAAAAU